UCCUCUCUUCACACCACGUGGUUGUUGGGUUUUCCACCCCCACCCCCCGCCCUCCUCGCAACCAAUUUCCCUGAGUAGGUUGCAGCAAAACUUAACGUAGAGAGCUUCAUGGCACCUUAAAAGACUAACCGCGCAAACCUAUGGCUGCUUGUCUGUCCGUUCAAAAGGAAGCCCCGUUGAGUUCAGCGAGUGAGUCUUUUAUCUAAAAACUGUGGCGGGAUUGCAACCCAACACAUUUUAUUCUGGCAUAAAUUGUCCCUGGACCAGAGCCCAUUUCAUCAGAUGUGUACAAGGCACCGUAAAUUCGACAAGACUGGAUUUGUCUGCUUCUAUCACUAAUCUAAAAUGCUGAUUUUGAAAAAAGUUGCUUCAGAGACUUAACUCCUGUUCUAUUUCGAUAUAGGAUGUAUCAUAGGCCCAACAUAGGCCUGAAAAAUAACACUGAAAAGUACUAUAAACUACACCCAGCUAAAUAGACUAGGAGCAUACCUACCUGACAAGAUGUUCACCACACAUUGUUUUUGUUUUUCAUUUUAGUAUGUUGUCAAUUCUCUAUUGUUUUUAAUUGUAAUUACCUCAUUCAGCAAGGGAUACCCACAGAUGCACAUCUGCACCCGUCAGUGCUCAUUCUGAGAGUAUUGUCAUUUAAUGAAUGAUAACUAACAUCUGUUGGAUGUGAAUGGGGAUGUGUGUGCUAUUACAGCUGGAUCAGGGGAGCUACUUAAGUUAUGAAAUAACUUAAUUUUAAUAAAAUUAAAACAUCGCAGCCAAAUGCCUAUCAAGCUGUUCUCAAGCCAAACAAUGUGUUUUCAUGCCAGAAAAAAAUUAAUGCCCAUAGUUAUCAGCCAGAAAAAUAAUUGUGGGAGGUGGAGGUGCAGAACGCAUCCAUGGCCAACUGGAGCAAAACAACUUCUGUGGUUGAUGAAGGAGAGACAGAUCUGGCCUCUUUCAUUGAUCAAUACUGUAUAUAACAAUGCAGGGAAAGUAAGCAGGGCUUUCCUUUAUUGUAAAUCUUCUCAGUUAAUUUAAAUGUAUUGGCCCCAAAACUGGAAGACAGGAAAAGAGAAUUUACUAAGGACAGUUCUAGCAGCUUAUGUUUAUUACUGAGGGGGCAGAAUAAAAAGCCCGUCCCUGUAUGGUACUAUAUGGAAGUGCUGCAUCCCCCUUACCCCACUUAAUUGCCUUGAUUCAGAGUUUCAAUUGAAUAUUGCAGUUUUGGGGCAAUGUGUUUUUCUUUAAAAAGCAAUACUGAACAAUUGAAUUGAACAGGGUACUAGUCUGUUCUAGAGCUGACUGCCACUUCAGCCCUUAAUACAUUCACUUAAUUUGAGAUGGAAGGUUUCCCAGUGUUUCCAUUUUAUUAAGAUUACUUAAUAAACUUGGUUGACUUUAAAAGAUUAUUAGACAAAUUUAUGGAGGUUAACACUAUUAAUAUCCAUAUGAUGGCUCUAUUCUCUCUCCACUGUUAGUGGCAGUAUUCCUUUGAAUACCCUCAAAGGCGCACUCCUCCUUUGUCUCCCGAGACAGAUGGAUGCCAGCAACCAGUUGCUGGGAAUCACAAGUUGCAAUCCAGUCCUGCUUGCGGACUUCUCAUAGGCAUCUGGUUGGUCAUGGAGGGAACAGGAUGCUGGACUAGAUGAGCCUUUGGCCUGAUGCAGCAGGGAUCUUAAUAAGUUCUUACUCUAUAGCUUGUUAAAAGUGGGACAUUUAAAGCAGCCCCAAGGAAUCCUGGGAAUGUUAGCUUACCCUCACAGAGUUAUGUUUCCCAGCACUGUUAACAAACUUGAGCUUCCAUGGUUCCAUCCAGUUAAGCAUCCUAAUAACCAUUUACUUAUGCUGGUGCGCAUAUGAGUACCUUUAAUAGUGGCUAGCUUGCUGCUUAAAGCUUAGAAGUGGCUGCAGAAAGGAAGUAUGGUUCGGUAUAAUCCACACCAUGUGGUAACUAAGCAACAGGGCUUUUCAACAGUGUGUUGACUGACUGCGACCACAGAGAGGCAACUUUUAUUCUGUUCACUUUGAAAGAGACAGCUUUUAACUGUUACAUUUUACAUUACUGACAAGCAAGAUUUGCUCUCUGUGGGAAGACUUCUAAGGUACGUUAUAAGAUUUAUUGGCUAUAUACAAACAGAAUCAUACAAUGGAGGUUUGAAAAGAGAGAGUACAACAGAGACAGAUAGCAAGGUAUUAUCUAUAUCUGUAUUAAGGAAGAGUUUUAACAGGGAAUUAUUUUGUUUGUUCAGUUUAUCAGAACAGUCCAUAAAUACCUGUAAAUCUAUGGCAUUAAUGAUAACCUUCUAAAUACUGGUGGAAGACUGCUGGAGAUCUGAAAAAAGGGAGUAAGCCGUAUUAACCACAUUUGAUAAAUAUAACCAACAUUAUCGCAUAAAAUGUCCUGUAAAGGUAUUUUUUUACUUUAAUGAAACUCUUUUUACAUUGUGUCUGAAGAUGAAAGUUUAAGUCUGGCUUUAUUGCUAGCUUUUGUAAACUAGAGCAAUCAAUAAAUUAUUGCUGAUAUUAUUAUUUAUUAAAAUUUGAUCCCAACAUUUUCUUCCAAAAGAGCCCAGAGCAGCAAACACCAAAGUGGUAAAACAAUGCAGUUAAAAAAAAAACAUUCAAAAACAUCUAAAAGCAUUAAAACAUAUAAAAUGUUACUUUUAUUUUAAAAAUCCAAAAUCUUCAGAAGGGCAGUACCUCCAAUUGCAUCAGCCAAAAUGUCAUGAAAUACAUUUGCUUCCUUGUCCCAAGGUGCAAAGCCCUAGGUGCAACCUGAAACCUGCAUAGCACAUAGUAUGGCUUAGUUCAGUUAAGGCUGCAAUCUUAUACAUCAGGAAUGGAGAAGCUUUUUUCAGCCUAUGGGCUGCAUUCACUCAUGGACAGUGCUGGAUUGACGUAUAAGCUAAACAAACUAUAGCUUAGGGCCCCACUCUUUUGGGGCCCCCAAAAAAAUUUAAAGGGGAAAAAAACCUGUAUGUACAUUUCCAAAAUAUAAGUUCAACAAUUACUUUGAUAAAAUACAUAUUUUGGUAUGUGCAAAUGGCUUUAGAUAUCUAUUAGGUCCAUAAAUUACCAUAUAGCAUAUAUUCAACACAAAAAACAGCUACACUUUGUUGUUAAGAAAGGACAGUUGAACAUAUAAAGGGCCCCUGUUAUGUACUGAGUUGAAUAGGAUCCAAACUGCAGCAGUCUGAUUGGUCCUAGCACAAUAGGAUCCAAAAUGCAGCAGUCUGAUUGGUCCUAGAACAAUGCAGCAGUAUGAUUGGUUGGCAGGAACCACCCAAUCGUGCUCCAGAUAGAAGUGAAUCCACAACCUGAUUGGCUUACAGUAGAAUUCUGGAAUUAGCCAAUCAUGUGCAGUCCAUUGUGUAAAUAAUGUAUAUAAAGCAGAUACUGUGAGGGGACUUUCAUUCAUUCCUCCUCACCACUAUGAGCUGAAUAAAGAGCAUGAAAUCACUUUGCGACUCUGAGUAUAUUUCAGCCCCAUUACCUUCAGUAGCUUAGGGCCUCAUCCUAAGUACGGUCCUGCUCAUGGACAACAUCUUUAACAAACUGAAGUUCCCAGGAUUCUUCAGGGGAAGUCAUGUGCUUUAUAUGUGCCUUGGAUGUGCUUUAAAUGUAUGGUGUGGACCUGCCAUCUGCAGUAUUCUCUUACACCCCAACUUAAAGACUGACUAAACGCAGACUUUGUGGCUUCAGCAUCAAGCCACCUUUCUCUCCCUGCCCCCCACCUUUAACUUAAUAUCCACCCUGGAAAAUUCAAUAAUGUAAUAUCCAGCAUGUUCACUACUACAAAAUGUCACAAAGGAGUUGCAUAACUAUGGAGAUUACAUUAAAUGCAUCAAAAUAUCUUUGUAUACUUUUUUGUUUUAUUUUUGAAGACGUGUUUGUCAAUGAAAGGAGUUGAGUUUGCAACCAUUGCAUUCCAUUUGCAUUGCUAAAUGAUUGGCUAAUUAUUUAAAGUCGAAAAAUUAUUUCAACUUUAUUGAAAUGGCAAUAUACAGUAAUUUUAGUCUCAUUCUUAAAACCAUUGGCUUGUCUCCAGAACAGUCACAUUUAAAGCAAAUGAUCUGUUCAGUAUUAGGUAUAAUAAAGAUUAUGGCUUUAAAGCAAUGAUACAGCUGUAAAAGGUGAACAUAUAUUCCUGACCUACUAUGAGACAGAUGGCUUGUCAGCCUUAAUUCAGAAGUGUUUGUUUUAUAAGUUUAUAUCAGUCUGUAUGAUAAUAUGCCCUUAAUAUUAUUUUGAUGUUAUAGAAUCAAAGCCAAAAUUAAUUAAUGUGAAAAUAUGUAUUAACUAGUCAAGCUACAAAUAAAUGCACUGGAUACAUAAACAAAUUUUAUUCACAGAAGUUAGGAAACAAUUUAAUGUUUAUUUUGGUUUCAAAUGCAGGCAGUCCUUGGCAUAACACUAGAAAUGGCAGUUUUGUCAAUUGUAUCCUCGGAUCAAAUUAUAUUUCAUUUAAAGAAAUAGAUUUGCAAUAUUAGUUUUGUCUUAAUGUCCAUAUUUGAAAGCUACUUGUUCUACCACAACUGUUCCUUUCUUCACCUGGUUCAAAUAUGUUUUAGAUCUCACUUCUGAAAGGAGUUGCAUAAAAUUAGUACCCCAUUGCAAAGAAGUCUAACUAUUUCCAAACUGUCUGUAUGUGUGUGUAUACACACACAAACACACUAUACCAUAUUACACCAAUUAAAUGGCUACAGGUGUCAUUCAUUAGCUACAAGUCUCACUCCACUGAUAAGAAUGCAGAAUGCAAAAUACUUCUCCCAUGAGAACUCUAUGUGCACAGUUGUACACUUGAGAAGGCUUGCUGCAUUUUCAGUUUCUUUUAGAUACUACUUUAGGAACAUAAAAUCUGUCUUGGUUAUAGAUUCAGGUAGGUAGCCAUGUUGGUCUGACGCAGUCAAAAUAAAUAAAAAAAUUAAAAAAUUGUCCAGUAGCACCUUAGAGACCAACUAAAUUUGUUCUGGGUAUAAGCUUUCGUGUUUUUAUACCCAGAACAAACUUAGUUGGUCUCUAAGAUGCUACUAGACGAUUUUUAAAUUUUUUUGUCUUGGUUAUAUUUCAUUAAAAAAUGCAACCAUUUGUAUUCUUGUGUCCCAUUUUUCUUGGUAUAUUCAUAUUUUAUCUCUGUAGGCACAAAAUCCUACUGAGAGAAAUGGCUGAAACCCUGGAACAAGAACCCAUAUAUUUCUUUGACCAGGUACUUUCCAUCUCAUAUUUGAUAUGUUAUUAUUGCUCUCUCCAAAUCUAUUAAGGGCUUAAUAAAAUCCUGUAUUUUAUUUUAGCUCAAAACUACCGGUAAACAAAAGCGAAAUAUGAAAAUAGAACCAGGAGAACACUUUGUUGAUAUAAACUUAAUCAGCACAGAUCCAGAUCCUCAUGAAAUUCACAGGUAAUAGUGGUGACAUACGGUACUUAAGUUGCAAUAACUGAUUGAAUGCAUUAAUGAAUUGAUAUAUUGUAUUAAAAUGUAGUCUUUCGCCCGUUUUUGUUGGUUGGAAAGUUCAAAUGUGAAAACUGUUAAGGGCAUAUUGCAACUUGAAAAUUGUUCUGAUUUUAUUUUUUUAAAGGAUGAUUAGGAUGUAAAAGGGCACUGUUCCAGCAGGAAGCUGUAUGUCUUCUGUACUUCCUACUUACCUAAGUCCUGCUGUUCUCAUAAGAAUUUAAGGCUGAAAUAUAUAUAGGUGUGUCUGAAGAUUUCUGUACAUGCUUAUGUCUUCUUCACAUCCAUAGUAUUUGGUCUAUAUCAGGGUAGUCCACCAUGCAACAUUUGACACCCCUCCCCAAGCCCAGUGGCAGACCUACAUUUUUGAGUCCUGCUUGGUAUGAAAAGUCUGAAUUCUGGAAUUAAAGGCAUAAUAUACAUUUACUGUCCACAUGCAGGAACUCUGGAUGCAUGGAUGAACACAGGGAAAGAAAUUAUUCUUUUGUGAAAGACAGUAUAGCAAAGAAAGAACCAGUUUCUACUAAAACAGAUGGUCCUUCUAUAUCCAUAAACAUUAGUGAGAAUCCUCUGGCUCGCCUCUCCCAAAUACCUUCAUUUCCACCUGCAGAAGAAGACCUACGGUCAACUUCACUGGAAGAACAUAAAUGCAUGGCUGCUACCAUAUUAUGUGAGCUGGAAGAAAUGUUGAAGCGUUUUACCAAGUUUAAGUUUAUUUUACCACAAGGGGUUUUAAAUAUAUUGAGCUCCAGUUGGAAAGAUCUCAUUGAAGGUGUCUGGCAAAAUAAAAAAUAUUUGCAAGAGUUAGCAUACAAAAACUUGAAAUCAAGGAGAAGGCAAGCAUCGCAGGAGUCCAACAGAUUGCCACCUACAUGUGAAUAUACUGACUAUGAGACGGCUAAAAAUGUAAAAAGGAAAAGCAGGAAAAGUGUUGAUUUUCCCAUGGGUGCGACAAAAGGAAUGGACAAUCCUGGAGCUCUGUCAAACAGACUCAAUGGAAGCAAGAGUAAGGAAUUUUACUGGUUUUCUCUUAAUACUUAAUAUUCCAGUAUCAUAUAGCAGAGGGCAGUUCAGCUUGGCCAUUAUACUACAGGGGGCGACAAUAUUGCAAGUCUUUGUUUGGUGCGCAACUGGCGACAUGCGUUUUCAGCCCUGGAAGGAGGGGGGGAGGGCUUACAUGCACUCCACCAACAUGUGGGAUGGCUUGUGGAAACUUUUACAUAUAAGAAUAGGAGCAAACUGAUUGGUUUUUAUGCUAAUACCAAAACUCAGGGUUUACUAUGACUACUUUAGCACCCAGUAGAUAAAGGUCCCUGAUUAGCAUAAACAGGAGUAGCUCUCAGUGGGACUAAUUUCAAAGUAAACCUUCAGGCUGCAAGUCUCUAACCUAAUAGCAUGAAUAGGCAACAUGGAGAAUAUUAAAUUCCAAGAUAUAGUUUUGUUUUAAUACAUGUUUCUAUACAGUGCUUUUUGCGGGGUUAAAAAUUAGGUGCUGGUGCACAUAAAUAAAAGUAUUGUGGGCAGCAAAAAGAAUGGUACUCUACACCAGUAAAUAUGACCACACACAAAACCAGUUGUCCAUCACUCAUUUAGAAUAUUUAUUCUUGACACAUCUAGGCUAGAGAGAAAAUGCCAGCUCUGAAAUUUCUAUCUUCAUCCCAGGCCACAAUCACAAGUGGAAGUGAGAGAUCUCUUGUGAUUAAUUGAGGAAAGUUGCUGAAGAAUACCAGCAAAUGGCCUUUGCAGCUGAAGUUAGAGAGGUACAAGCACUUGGGGGGGGGUGGAACUGAAAAUAAACUAGGCAGUUUUUCAAACCAUUUAUUACAGAAGCUUCUCUUUCCCAUUUCAAGGUGAGUGAAAAAGUAAUCAUAGUAUUCAGCCAGGAGAGGCAAUCUGUACCCAGAGCACUUCAUUCAAUAAUGAAAAAAAGUUAACAGCACAUAAGCACUUACUCUGGCCAUUACCUAGCUCUUUGCAAGUUUGUAAUUAUAAAACAGCAAACAGUUCUUAAUAAAGAAAUGUGAUUAUGUGUGCUUAUGCUGCUGAGGACUCAUGAUCAAUACAUUUCUUUUCUCUCCUAUUUAGCUGCAGUCCCUCAGCAAUAUAGCAGUGAUUCACCUUUUGCAAUCAGUUUCUCACUGUCAUCAAAACUAUGCAAGGAAAGAGGUAUUAUGUGUGCACUCUCUCUUUCUUCAUUCAGGUUAAUGUUUAGAUUAAUGAGCUACAGUUGGAGGGGAGCUAGCUUAUUCAUUUACUGUAUAAGAUAUCUUACCUGCCCUUCACCAUAGGGCCUCAGGGUGGGUUACAACAUUAUAAUGAUACAGUUAUGAGGGUGGGAUGGGGAUGACAAAAGUAAAAAAGCUUUAAAAAGAGGGGAAACAAUAUAGAUUAAACAAAAGAGGUGGGUCUCACAACACAAAAUAUCUUAACUGUCAAAGGGGAGGGGAAAGAGGUCCAUCUUUAGUGUACGACAAAGAUUAUGCUAGAUGCCCUCACCCUCUUCUAGGCUGCCAUUCCCCUUUCUUCUAUAGGACUACCAAAAGAUAAUACUUGAGAAAACUAUUUUUAUUUUAUUUUUAGGUUAAUUGGUUCUGGUUGAUGACUAUAAUAGGGAAUGAAAAAGAAAAUAUUAAAGAUGGCCUUUACUUCUAACAAUAACUAAUACUUGUGUUUGUGUUAACAAACCGGCUUUCUUAACUUUUAAAUGUAUUUUUUUUAUUAAUCAAAAAAUGUCCUGAUGUCUUGGAAUUUGACAGGCACUUAAAAUUUAUUUAUUUAUUUGCAGCAUUUCAGUUAACUAAUUGAGUUUUUUCAUUUCUUCAUAAAGGUUGGGUUUUGCAACAUUCUGACUGUGACUCUAAAGACCUAGAAUGGAAAGCACCGUAUGUCUGGGCAGUGGAAAGAUUACGAAUGGCGAAGAUCGAAAUGUAAUAUUAAAAUGGGAUUUUGUAUUAUGGCUUUUAAAAUCUAUUCUUGUUAAACUGAAAAUUUUCCAUUUUAUUACAGGCUAAAAUAACCAGAGAUAGUUUAAGAUGUGUUAAAUUGCUAACACAGAUGCUCAGAGAGGUCCAUGGGAGAGUAUGCAGGGCCUCUGGCGUUUUCUAACUGGAAAGGGGUAGCAUGGAGGCACUGGCUGUAUGAACCAAUGGCCUGAAUUGGUGCUUCCAAUUGGGACCCAUAUAUGACAGCCGUUGCAGUUUUUCAUAAUCAAAGCAUCGGCUUUUUUAGCCACUGUGACUGCACAAAUCACACAGUGUGAAAAGUCCUCAUGUGAAAGUGUUGCUUCAUGCAGUUGGUGCCCUCAUGCAAUCACUAUUGGGCCCAAGAGCAAUCCUGUAUGACCCUGUGGAGCAGGGCUGACCAUACCAUUAGGCAGAGUAGGGCUUUCGCCUCAGGCAAGUGGUGCUGGGAAUUUGUGUGCCAAGUGGUCUUCCCUAUGUUUCCUGCUUUCCUCAGGCGCAGCAAAGUUUUGACAUAAGAAUCCACUGCCAGUCCAGGCAGGUUUUGGAUAUAGACUAGGGGGGCAGCAUCCUCUGGUCUUUUCCGUCAGAAAGUAAAAUGUCUUGGGCUAGCCUUGAUGUGGAACAUAAAACCAUGUUGCAAAACCACAUUACAGAAACUCAUUUCCUCUGGGGGGGAAAUUAAAUAAUUGAACAUUGAAUAUUUGGUAUUUGACAGGAAUGGGAAAUGAAGAUACUUUUUUCUUAGGGAUAACAACCUCAGAAUCAUGAUGUCUGGUAAUUUUUAAAAACGUCCCCAAUGUAGUGCGGACUUAAUUAAUCCUAUCAAGUAUUUUUGAAAAACAAUAACUAUAUCAUUUUCAGAAGUCUUUUACUUUCUUGUGCCCUGUGUUUCCCUGUACAGUUCUAAGUGAAUAACUCGAUUAAUCUUGAUGAACCGAGAUCAAAUGACUAUCUUCUGUUAGCUAUAACUGUUUUUACACUUGUAUGUUUUAUAUUAUUAUUGGAAGAUUUAUUUUCAUCUGAGAUAUAAUUAUAUAGACAAAAUCUCUGCAAACCAAUCCAUCCCAGAGGAGGAGAGUAUGUUUUCUUUUUCAGUGUUUAUCACCCCUAUUGGCACAUAGACCUGGCGCUGAAAUCCUGAUCCUCAUUUUGGAAGGUACAGCGCUGACUGCUGCCAGGUUUCUGUGCCAAUGCUAUUGCACUUGACUUAGUGUUAUUGAAUGCUUAUUCCUAGCCUGGUCAGCAAAAAGGUGUCCUGAGUGCUAUCUUGUUGCAGAGUUUAAGGUGUAAGGAAUGUUGGCUUCCAGUCAAGGGUUCUCCUUAGAUUUCCUCUAAUUAAUAUUUAGAAUUACAAGCUUCUGGAAUGCUUUCCUGCUUAAUUCCCGCCUUCAGUUAAAGGUUUGGAUAUCUGACUCUCAAAGUCAGCAAUGUGUAAUAUAUAGACCAUGAGAAAAUUCAUAGUGACAUUGAAAUAAAGCUGUUGAAGGCUCGUAGUGUAAAUAUGUUGCCUACCAAUGGAAAGGACAGUCCAGUCCAGUAGCUCUUCUUUGAAUGAAGUACACAUAGUAGCUUAUGCAAGUGCAAGCCAAAACAAUAUAACCCUCACUCUCCUUCAGCACCUACAGUGAAGAAAGCUAGCUGCUCUUUUGCAUUUUCCCUGUUUUGCUGGUACUGUAGCUCAGUAUCUGCUAGGAUACUUAAGAGCUGCAGGUGACGUGCAAGUUUCUGUGUAAAGGGGACAUGGGACAACUAUUGACUCAGAAGUACUUACCACUAAAUCUGGACUGGGGUUGAGCCUUCGCACUGGUUGGUGUAGCUUUAUUAAUGUGCUUAUUCAGAAUAACAGGCAAAUAAUUGGUGAAGGUGGGACGCGGGUGGCGCUGUGGGUAAAACCUCAGUGCCUAGAACUUGCUGAUCGUAAGGUCGGCGGUUCGAAUCCCCGCGACGGGGUGAGCUCCCGUCGUUCGGUCCCAGCUCCUGCCCAUCUAGCAGUUCGAAAGCACCCCUAAGUGCAAGUAGAUAAAUAGGUACCGCUUUAUAGCGGGAAGGUAAACGGUGUUUCCGUGUGCUGCGCUGGUGCUGGCUCGCCAGCUGCAGCUUCGUCACACUGGCCACGUGACCCAGAAGUGUCUUCGGAUGGCGCCGGCUCCCGGCCUCUUAAGCGAGAUGAGCACACAACCCUAGAGUCGGACACGACUGGCCCGCACGGGCAGGGGUACCUUUACCUUUAAUUGGUGAAGAUCUUUUGAAAAUAAAACCAAAAAUGUAAAAUGGGGUUCAAACGUAGUAUAGAUUAGGAUGUCUGUGUUCGGAAUCUGUAUUAGGACUCUACCAAGUUGCCUGAGCAGAAGGCAAGUGAGUUUAGACUUGCAACUUACAUUCUAAACUGUUUUUCUUUCUAAAUAUAAAAUGUAUUUUCAAAGCUCUUACAGGGUUUGGAUUGAAUUGAACUGCUUUUUACUCAGAUGAAUAGAAGACUGGUGCCUGGAAUAUGCUAUACUACAUUGCUUAUUCAGAUCAUAUAGAAAGCUGAAUUUUUUCAGCCUAAAUGUUAGCUAUGUUGAAGACAUUAUUUAAGAGAAUUUCUUAGUAAAUAAUUGAUUAGAAAAAAAAUCUUCCAAACAGAACUGAACAGCUGUCUAAGCUGAAAGAAUCAGGAUUUGACAAGCCUAUUAUUCUUCGUCAUUAUGGUGAUAUCAAGAAGGAAACCUUUCCCCAAAACAUCAAAGGGCGGCCCAGUAAGAAAGUCUCUUCUGAGAGCCUGUAUGAAAAACCACAGUUGCCAGUGAUCAAACAAGCUGAGCCAGCCUCAAAAAAACUGCACUAUGGAUUGGUUGAUGGAUCAUCCUUCAUUUAAUAUCCUUUGAAAGUGUAACAUGAAAGAGAAUUCCAUCUAGCAGGAAUGGGAGGAAGCAUUCCUACAACAAAGAAAAAGCAUGGAUUUAAAAUUACUUAAUUCACUUGGCAGGUAGGAAGCAAAUUUCUUUAGGAUUUCUGAGUAAACGUCUUUAAGGAUUGAACUGUAAAAGGUUCUAGAUCACUUUACAGGAGCAAGACGUUUGGAAAAACCUGUUUCCAAAUAAUGGUGUGCGAUUUUAUGCAGGUUCAGUCUGGAAUCAAAAACGUGUUUUUGAGGGGGAGGGACUUGCUUUAGAACCUUUUAUCCAAACUGAAAAGAAGGAAAGUCGUGAGUCAUGACCCAAGCAUUUUUGUUCCUACACACUUGAAUGUCAAAUUUUUAGAUUAUUACCUGCUGCUGAUUUGAGAAAACUCAGAAAGGACCCCUUAGCACUUGAACUUACUAAACCUCAAACUGUCUAAAAUUUUAUAUAGAAAUAGGUCUUUGCAUGUCUAUAUCUAUCUAGCUAGCUAUCCAUACAUCUAUCUGAGCGGACAAACACCUGCCAACAGUGGUGAUGUGGAAAGUCAUUCAUGAUAGCAUCCACUUUAGCACAGAUAGGUCACUGCUACGUACCACAGUGGCUGCUUAUAGUUUCGAAGUUUUGAGAUGGAUACUUGGUAAAUCCUCUGAAUAAGCACCGAGCAAGUUUGAGCUGCAGUCAAAUGUACAGUAGACAAGAAAUAGAAUGAGUAAUUUACAGUUGCAUCACACAAGCCAUUCAUGCUUGUACAUCCCAAUACUGACUCCUCGGUGCAAUUUUUAGUUCAGUUCAACAUGUAUUAUGAGUGAGAGAAAGCAGGCACUAAUAUUAGAGUUGUUUCAGUCAUGGCUGCAUGUCGUUAUUGCAGGCACCUUUUUAGCAGUUCACUGGAUGUAUCUGGUGUUAUGCGUCAUACAUACCCAUCUCCCCAUAGCUGUUUGGCAAUCUUUAUUUUAAAGUUACUUUUAUAGUAUUUUAAAGGUUCUUCAUUAUACCAUAAAUAGUAAUGGCUUGAAUGAGGACACUAAACUGAAGCUGAGUCCUGGCAAGGGGGAGGUGCUUGUGGUUUGGUAGCUUCCAGAUCUGGGAAACAGAAAGAUGGUCUGUUCUGACUGUGGUUGGACUUCCCUAAAAGAUCAGGUCCAUUGCCUUGGUGGAAGGUGGGGGAAGUAUGCCUAUAAUUCACUUCCAUGGAGUAUCUUUUUCCAAGCAUGCUUGGUUUAGCUUUCCUGGACAUGGCUAGCAUGGCCAUGAUUAUCCAUACAGUAUUCUUGUAAUCUCAUGUUUGUACUAUUGUAAUUUGCACUACACAAGGCUGUCCUUGAAGAUGCCUCGGAGAUUGCAAUUGGUGGGAAAUGCAGCAGCCAGAGUUUAGAUGGUGCUUUCAGCUUGGGACCUUUUUCAUUGGUCCUCAGAGAUCUGUAUUGGCAUUGUUGUUGGUCACCGAGCCCAAUUCAAUCUCUCUCUCUGGGCAGUUUGAUGAUCUGCUGCACAGCUAGAUUUCUCCACCUUACCAGCAAUAGUUAGUGCUAAGAUGGCACCCGGUACAUUUCUGAGCACAAUUCAAAGUGUUGGUGCUGACCAUUAGAGCCCUAAACAGCCUCAUCCCUGUUUACCUGAAGGAGCAUCUCCUCCCUCCAUGUUCAGCUGGACACUGAGAUCUAGCUCUGAGCAUCUUCUGACGGUUCUUUCACUGUGAAAAGUGAAGCUACAGGGAACCCAGUAGAGGGCCUUCUCCCAUCAGAUGUCAAAAAGAUAAAUAACUAUACAACUUUUAGAAGACAUCUGAAAGCAGCCUGUAUAGGGAAGCUUUUUAAUGUGUAGUGUUUUAUUAUGUUUUUAUAUAUAUUGGAAGCCAGCCAGAUGGGCAGGGUAUUAAUAAUAAUAAUAAUAAUAAUAAUAGUGCAUUAUAAUUAGACACCUGGAAAUGCCAUAUCCAUCUCAGACAAACUCCUUGACUCUUUAUUUACCUACCCCUCUGGACAUGUUGCAGUCUGUCAGAGUUACUCUGAUCUUCCUUGUGGUGGCUUGUACACCAACAUAUUUAAUGAUUGUCCUGAUCGUGCGUUAGUUGGAACAUUUACUCCUUCUGGACAUGGCAGCAUUUGCUUCUCUAACAGGUAAGAAGAGACGUUCCAGAGGGCUUCCUAACUAACAUCAAAUGUUAACUGCAGCAGGCAGUCCUUUGGCGGUACCUGCUAUACUGGAUGUAGGACAUAAUUAAAAGGCUCCCACAUUGUUUCAUGCAUGACUCACCCCCUCACAAACUAAAAGUGUGCUUCAAAAGCUUCCAUUCACCCCACCCAGAACAGCACAGACAUCUUAAGGUAGCAGCCGGCGCUGCUGUAUCGUAUAUGGUGCAGUGACAGCCACUGAUCCAUCAAGUUGGGCCUGAUGACCUGCAUGGGUUAGCUCAAAACACUUGACACAACAAGUGAAGGUGCUGUUCUGGUGCAGCACUUCUUAUAUCCUUUCUUAAGAAUCUUGUUUAAUUUACAUGGUAGUUUAGAGCUCAAGGUAAGCCAUGUACCAACUUGCUGUGUGGAAUCAGAGCCUUGUAGAGUUCAGGUAUCCUUCUCUCAACUUAUGGUGAGUUACAAGCAUUCCAUACACACAAAUUUUUUAUAUCAAAUAGAAUGGGAAGGGAGAGCAAAGUCUUUCACACCUAGUUUAACACUAUCAGCCUAGACUGUGCGGCAUGCCUUUGCUGAUUUGUGGAUCAUAGCCUUAGCAGAUGAAAGUGUGGGGUUUUUGCCUUGGAUAAAAUCACAGUGGGAUAAAACCACAUAUAUGAUAUGUCAUUGAUUCUUGUAAAGUAUGCCUAGAAUAAGAACCAGUGUUAACAUGGGGUUAUCCAGGCACCUUCAUGUUUUGCAGUUAAAAAGUAAGGGCUACGUUACGAAAUAAUUUUGUGACUUUCUUAAGGCUGGCUUGUUCAUUCACAGCCACUGUGCACACCUGUGUUGAAUGCUAUAUGAAUAUAUAGAUGAAGCGAUAAACAUGCUAAUUACUAUGUUAAUUAAAAGCACCAAGAUCAAAGUAGACAGCUUGAGUUACUCAUUAUGUUUUACUAAAUGGCACCGUGAAAAACUGGCUUUUGGUUUCUGCAGCAGCAGCAUAGCAAUGAUAUUUAAUCAGGAAGGAGGCAUGGUGACUAAUAAAGAUGGAGAAAUACUACGCCAGUGGAAAUGGCCUGGAGAAGGGAAGCUUGAUGACCCAGUUAUUAUGCAGGUAAUAUUUAUUCUUUUUUAUUUAUUUUUUUCUAAUACAGCUUUCCUUCUGGGGGAUGCUGUUAUUUACAGUGUUGUAAAUUCUUCAGCUAACAGAAGUAGCUAACUACCUAAGCUUGCUCACAGUAAAAUUAAUGAACAAAGUUUAAUGAAGAAAAUGAUACUUUGAAUUAAUUUUCUUCUUCCCAAGAUGAAGCAGCACAAACACUAUGAUGAAGAUUGAGCCAUCAUGGUACAAAAUAGGAUCAUAUUCAUAUAUCAAAUCCAUAUUUUUAUAAAUUACAUGUGCUUUUGUAUGAAUGAGUUAUUAUAAUAUAUUUAUGUUUUUAAGUGUGUUGUAAGUUGCCUGGAGACAUCUGUGUAACAAGUGACUUAAGAAGCCUAAUAAUUAUAAUAAUAAUAAAUAAGCAGAAGAGAAGUGGGAAACUGCAUUACUUUAAAACUGAACUGCUUUGCUCCUGUCCCUUCCUUUCCCCCUAAGGCCACAUGCUUAACCUAGCACUUCUUAAACUGUCAAGAGUAGAAAAGUCAUGUUUGCACUCAACCUUUCCUUACUAUGAUGUAAAAUUUGAAGUAGAGAUUAAAUUUCACCCCUUUAUCUGGCAACCCAACCCUAUCCAAUCCUGGCAACUAGCUAUGCUCUGUACUUUCCACAACCACCCCGGCAACCUACAUCUGGCAAGAGGUACAGAAGCCUAAUUAUAUCUUGCAAUUAUAUGUGCCCAAUUAUAUCUUGCAGACACUAGUUUUUUUAAAGGGGGUGUGGUAGAGAACAUGCUCUGCAUGUGAAAGGUCCCAAGUAGACUUGGGUGAGAACCUUGUCUGAACUCCUAGAGAGCCAUUGCCAAUCAGUGUUGACAGUAAUGAAGUAGAUGGACCGAUGGUUUUGAUGAUGCUGUAGUUGACAGAUUCCCAUAUUCCCACAACAGCAUUUCUGGGAAAGCGCCAUAGCUCAUUUGUAGCACACCUGCUUUGCAUGCAGAAGGCCCUAGCUUCAAUCCCUGGCACCUUCAGGUAUGCCUGGGAAUUCUCCUGUCUGAAACCCCAAAGCCAGUCAAAGCAGAAUAGACAAUUCUGAGCUAAAUGGACCAAACUGCUUUGCGGGAGGAAUGGAACAUCAGGUGGGAAGGGAGGUGGGAUGGAGUAUCCUGGAGAGGGGCACAGCACACUGGAACACCAUAAACAAGAGCUCUCUGGUUAGUGACAGAUUUCCCUUGUGGCUUCCUAUCUUCAUUUUGGCAAAUUUCCUAGCCAAACAAUACUGUGAAGUACACAUCUCUUAUGUCUUACCCUAGGUUAACAAGUGCAUCACAGUGAAGGUUGCAGGACGCUUUGCUGUUGGAUUGCUUUACAAGUGGCGACAUGAAAGCGUGCGUUUGUCUUUGUCACCGGUACGAGGUGUGGCUGGUCCACAGUUAGAAAACCUGGUAUGGUGCAAUAGCUCAUGAUGCAAAAAAACCACACAACAUGUCAAUCAGGCUGGAGCCUGCAGGGAGGUUGCAGGGAGAUAAUAGACCUCUGUGGUGGGUUGUGGGAGAAUUUGGUUGCGAGAGGAUUUGCAAGAAGUAAAAUAUUUGUUGCACAGUAGUUUCAAAAGGAAUAACAGAUAGAAGAGGGCCGUUUCCAGCUCUUGCACAUACAUACUGUUUCCCUGCAAAAGGGCUUUUCCAUUCAGUUCAAAAUCAGGAUCAGCUUGACAUUUAAAUUCAUGGGAAUACUAUUGGAAGCCCUACACAAAUGUUAGAGUCAUAGUGGAUUGCGUGUAUCCAGGCAAGUGCAAUAGUGAGACAAAUGAAUAUAGAUAAGACACUACAUUAUUUCCUCCUACAUCAGGGAUGGGGACUCCCAAUUCCCACCAUCCCAUAAUAUAACAAAGACACCACAGUCUCCAGUGACCUACAGUUUAAGGAAACCAACCAUGAGUUAUGUGCUGACAGCACCCCUGAAAUCUCUCUCUGCUCAGAGAUUGGGGUGCACAUAGCAGUAUUUUAAGCAGCUACCGCAUCACAGCCAGGAGCCAAACAGAAAUAUUGCUGUUUGGUUACAGGUAAUCUCAUACCAGUCACACAGAAUUUAGCUUCUGCUAUUUUCUGAUGGGGUUAUGUGCUUCAUGGCUGGUAGCAAUUCAACAGCAGAUGCAGUUGCCAACAAAAGGUUCGCCUGUUUCGCUACUUGUCCUGUAGCUAUGGGAAAUUAUAAGACUCCUGCAAGAAAAAUGGGUAGAAACUCAAUGGAUUGCACAUGAUUAAAGCAAAUUCUGUUGUUUGUUCUCUCUUGGUUUUCUAGAGCAAGAUAUUCACCAAAGUUAAUCUACCACCUACAUCAGUAAAAGGAUUUUCUAAAACACAUGGCAAAACAGAAGACGCAAAAAAAUCUCUUAAAAAGGAAGUAAGCAGCUGUCAGAAACUCAAUAUUAAAAUAAGUAAAUGUAAUUUUAUUUUCACACUGUUAUAGCUUUUUUCUAACAUUUCCUCUGCCUUUGCCCAUCACUAGGAUACUGUAACAGCAGCGUAUUUUGCUACAAUUUAUUUUCGUUAUGCUGAUUUAACACCAGCAUAUUUUGCUACAAUUUAUUUUCGUUAUGCUGAUUUAACACCAUAAAACUUGUGUGCAAAACGCCCCUUCAGCUAAUGCAACUUUGAUUCCUUAUUUCACAAUAACGUAGGAACAUGUCUUGACAAACCCAAUAGAAAUGAAAGGCAGAUGUACAAUAUUUGCAGCUGUUUACUGGAAGCUUGGGUGCCACAAAAAGAUUCCACAUAUCUGCAAACGCAGAAAGGAAGACUGAAUAAAUAUAAAUAAGAGGGCGGGGAGAUAACCGAAGGGGAAAAGACAGACAAGACAGAAGAAGCAGGGGCCAAGGCAAAGGAAAUAAGAGUUGAAGCUGGCCAACAUUGUUGCCUACUGGUCUACCGGUCAUGUCUAUGGCUUUGUACAUAUUCCUCCCAUUUGAUGGGUUGUACUUUGAUGAAGUGAAAGGAGAAGGGAAGGAGGCAGGGGUUUGUGGUGAAGGGACAAAGGGAAGGAUGAAGCAGGCAGAUUAGGAGAUAACGUGUGGGAAAAGCAGAAGCUGAGGUGGGAUCAAGUGGAGGCAAUAGAAUAGAACAAAAAUAUAGGCCAAGAGAAGUGGAACAAGGCAGCUGAGAAUAAGGAAGAGAAUACCUGCCACAGAAAGGAUCACAUGUUGCCUUUUCAUUAUGUAUUAUUUAUGUGACAUCAUAUUUAUACCCUGCCUUUCCUCCAUGGAGAUAAAGGCGGUGUACAUAAUUCUGCCCCUCACCAUAUUAUCCUUGCAACACCUCUGUAAGGUAGGUUAGGAUGAGAGACAGUGACUCACAGCAAGCUUCAUGGCUAAGUAGAGAUUGAAACUCUGGUCUCCCAGGUCUGACACUCUAACCACUGUGGCACACUGUUCAGUUUGAGGUGCCAGGUUCAGACUGCUUUGCUGGAACCUUUAUUUAGUUUUAUCUUCUGGGAAUGUUUGUACCAGCCAUUCUAUUUUUAUCUGGUCCCUUAUUACUUUUACUGCUUUUUCUUUGUUGUGCUGCUCAUAAUUUGAUCUGAUUUCUGAUUAAAAAAAAUUACCACAGGAGAGAAUACCUAGAAUUCCAGAAGAGGAUCUAAGCCAUGUCAAAGACUACAACCCUACCAGAGAAUUAAAAGUGCUGAGAUGUAAGAUCAAGAAUAUCCUAGAAGACUGGAUGGAAUAUUACCGGAUAGCCUUAGGUCAGUCUUUAAUUUAGUAGCCUAAGUAUUGGAGGAGGAUGCUAAUACUUCUAAAUUCAGAGGAAUGAAAUAAGUAAUGACACGGUUUAUAUUUUUGGUGUCAGGUAUUUAAAUAUAUUUUAAAAUUAUAAUCAGUAUGUAUAGACUAAACAUUACAGUUCAUCUGCAUUUGUAUCUGUUCAUGUGAUAUUAACCUAACAGCUGCAUCUGCUUUGCAAAAAGGGAGUAUGAAAUCACUUAAUGAAAUUAUAUAUUGCUUUAUCUUGUUUUACAUUUUUUAUUUGAAAGGUACACUUGCCUAUAACCAUUGAUUCCACAUUUCAUUAGUUUCUUUGCAGGGUAUGCUUUGAGAUCGGACUUUUGGUACUAAUUAUUUUCAUUUAUGUAUACAUGAAAAUACAUCACAUAAAGUCAUAUGUGAUUGAUAAAAAAACCCACAUGAUAUAUGUAUACAUGUGUGAACGAAGCCAGUAUUCUGUGUGUGAUUUCAUUUCCCUUAGUUCCAGAGCCUAUUGUAUGACAGGAGAAACAGGAAUAUUUCCUGAUCCUACAUCUCCAGGGCACUCACCAUAUAUAGCAGAAGGAUACUUUGUGUUCUUAGCUUGGGUUUAUGCUGAUCGUUGGUCAUGCUGCCUAGGACUAAUGGGAAUUGGAUCAAACAACACCUGGAAGGCGAAAGGUUCACCAUCAUUAGGCCAGAAGAUAAGAACUGGUACAAUUUCUCUACACCAGAGCAAAAAGGUGAAGCGUUGGUGGAAGCUUGAGCCUAGGGGAAGCAGAGAAGCAGAGUGCAAUGUGGUCUAUGAACAUUGUCUUCCCUUUGGCCAACGUUUUAUUGGAAGCAGACGUCUUGCUUGAUGAAAAUGUGGUGUUAAUUUUCCUAGCUAUUUUUAAAGUGCUUCCUCUUCGCAGUACAGAAAUACUUAGCGUUAUAAAUAAUAUAAAUUAACAUUUGGUUGCAAUUCUUUCUUAAGUGUAUAAAAAGGUAUUUUAUACUCUUAACUUCUUAAAAUAGUAUUUCCUGGAAGUUGUAUUGAAUGGGAAGGACUCCACUUGAAGGGGACAUUUUGCUUUGCACUUUCAGUUCUUGUGAUGUGCAGUUGUGCUCACACAGUUAACUGAAUUCCACAUGCAUCUAAGUCAGCUGUCUUAUAUGUGAGCUUAAGGCCUUUUUAAAGUUUGUUGCCUUGGUGGUGUAUUGUUGCAUUUCAGAAAUCAGCUCACCACACACACGCAGAACCUCAGCCUUCCCUCGGAUUGCUGGCAGACGGUGCAAAACACAACAUGGGGAUGCUUUCCUUGGCUUUCAUACAGCACAGGGAAAAGAGAAUGACAGGGAGACAGAGACCCUUACACCAGGCAACCAUCCUCCUUUCCAGUCUGUUCUAUCUUGCGGCCCCCCUCAAGGUGUGUCACCUGGUUUUUACAGGUAAAAGCACAAGAAGUCAAAUGCCUACCAACUCCCUUUGCAAUGGGGAGUAAAUACACCAUUCUGUGAAUAUAUGGAGGAAUUUGAUGUAGCACUAUGAGGACCCUUCCUUCAGUGCAAGCAUUUCAGUUUGCCAGAUGGAACAAUUCCCCCCUCUCCUCUGUCUGCAAGCUGUUCUGGGAGUUCUCCUGACACACACACCCCAAGCCAAUUUGGCGGGGUGCAUGCAGGGACCAAGGAACAGCCUCAUUGUGGAUAAAUUUCCCAAUUUGCUCAGAAUAUUAACUUUCUUUUUAUUAAAGUUAAUUUUUAAACUUUGUGCUGGGUAAAUGAAAAUAAAUUGAGAAAAUAUUCCAAAGAGACAGAUGUAAAAUGUUACAAUACUGUAUUAAUUCUUUUUUGAAGCAAUGAGUUUGGUUUCCAAAUCCUCUUAAUUAAGAUAGGUGCAAGCUAAAUAUUGGGUCAUGAAUCAACCACAGCACACAUAAGCUCAACUGAUAAAUCACCAGAGAGGAGUGGGAACAGCUUCCUUUAUACUGGGAUCUUAUACUGCUCUGAUUAAGUGCUUUAGGAAUUCUAACGUGCUGAAUAUGCAGCAUGUACCUACUAAAACGAUACUGCAGAUAUGCAGAAUCGGUUGCACCCUGUACGCUGAAUUUCAGCUUCCAUCAUCUUUGAAUAUUGACCAUGUUGGCUGGUGAUGAUGGGACUUGGAAUCCAACAACUUCUGGAGGGCCAGAGGUUCCCCACAUAUGCUGCAUUGUAUGAAACAGCCAUUAGAAAUGGGUCUGCAUUGCAUAUCAGUGUAAAUAUCAGCAUAGGUACCUUGGAAAUGCAGGAAAACUCUUAAGUGUGUUUAUUUUCUCUUGCAGAGACCCUCAUUUAUUGAGCAGCAUUUUCAGAACAAAUAAACCACCCAUGACUCACCUUAAUGUAAACAAUGACACACUCCAAACCUCUCAUAAAGCAAAGUAAGUAAAACUAAAUACCAUUUACUAUGUUCUUUGAAGACUUACUAAGAUUCUUUAAAUGCCAUUUAUAUUAUUUAGAGCAUAUGUUUUAAGAAUGAAACAAAUACAUAUUCAGGUGAUUUUACAGUAUUUUUACUUUGGAGAAGUAAGGAAAAUAUGACAGAUCAAUUUAGAAUAGCUUUGCAUUAUGUAUAUGAUAUAUUUAUUAUUCUAUUUAUUAUGUUUAUAUCUUCCACUUUUCCUCGAAGGAGUUCAGGGGAGCAUACAUGGUUCUGUACCCUCCAACAAUAAUUCACUAGACUAGAAUUGAGCUGCUUGCAAUCCAGUGGCCUUAAUUUUACUACGUUUACUUGGAUUGGAUUUCUGAAGUUGCAAUCUGCAACUAGGAAUGUGAAGAAAGCAGUCUUUUUCCGCUGCAGCAAGCAACCAACAUUUCCUUACAUUUGUAAUUUUAUCACUGUAACAAUGCUAGGUUCAGUUCUGGUAGCCUUGGAAGCAAGUUGUUCUUGUUUUUCCACAGAAAUAAGCAUUUGUGUCUUACACACUUCAGGACCUUACCACUAUUUAUUCAAUGUCUUGCCCGAAUUUUGUUUGAAGCUGUCUUCAGAACUUGUUCAGCCAGUUUAUCCACACAAAGAGCAUCUGCUAGAGUUUUCUUUAUACUAGUUUGGCUAGUUCUUCUGCUCUGGAGGAUCAGAAAGAGCAUCAAAGUGCUGUGGACACAGUUAUACCUUUAGAAAACCAUGGAUUUCAGCUAAAGUCAGGACUCCGGGUUUAUUUGUACAACAAUGCAAGGAGAAAAGAAGUGUGGGCAAGGUGAUUGAGCAGGUGGUCGCUGAACAACUCCAGGCAUACCUGAAGGAUGCGGACCAUUUAGGUCCCUUCUAGUUGGGAUUUAGGCCUCAUCAUGGGACUGAAACUGCCUUGGUCUCACUGGUCAAUGAUCUCCAGUGGGCAAGGGACUGAGGUGAGAGCUGUUUCCUAGUUCUGCUGGAUUUCUCAGUGGCCUUUGAUGCCAUUGAUCAUGACAUCCCUGGUCCUGAAUGAAGGACCAGGUGCGCAGCCUGGGAGUAAUUUUGGGAGUCUCCCUUUUGAGUACAGUGGUACCUCAGAAGUCGAAUGGAAUCCAUUCCGGAAGGCCAUUCAACUUCCAAGAUGUUCGGAAACCAAGGCACGGCUUCCCAUUGGCUGCAGGAAGCUCCUGCAGCCAACCAAAAGCCGUGGAAGUCGCAUCAGACAUUUGGGUUCCAAAGAACGUUUGCAAACCAGAACACUCACUUUCGGGUUUGCGGUGUUUGAGAGCCAAAAUGUUAGACUCGCAAGGCGUUUGGGAUCAAAGGUACAACUAUAGCUGCAUUGUUCUGUGAAAAACAAAACAAAAACCCCACAAGAACAGGCUUUCUUUAAUUUGGCAGCCGAAAGCUGCCUCUCCAUCCUAUUAUUCCAGUCCCAUGGCCAGAAACUCAAAAACAUGUAGCUGAUGUCCGAUUUCCCCAUGAAAUAUUUGUAUCCCAUUCACUGCAACAUCAGUUGACUCAAACCAGAACCAGAUUGAAACCAUCAUUUUAAUUAGGGUAUUAUCUUUUAUGCACUAUGUGGGUCAAUAAAAAUAUGCUAUUAGACACUCAGUUGUUACGACAAAAUUAUUUAUCUCUGACUUAGAUUAUUCUAAUUCUAAUUUGCACAUUCUAUUAUUCAAUAGAACAUCUGAUGUCAGAUCUCAAUAAUAAGAAUUAAAUUUCAAAAUUUAUUCUUUUUUAUCAUUGCUCUCAUUUAUCAUUGUGUAGCAUGUAUUUAGGGACAUUAAUGUGCCAAGUGGUAUUAAAAUAAGUGGAGAUGGUAGGAUUUGUUUUUUAAAUAACUAGCAAAGAGGUUAAGGUUAAAGGAUUAAAAAAAUAGUAAUAGACAUCAUUACAAAGCAAAAAUACUAAAAAGGCAAUUUACCAAUAAAUUUGUUUAUUGGUAUGUGUGUUCAAAGAUGUGAGGAUGAGAAGGAGACAGAGAGAAUGUAUAUACAGACCACAUACUUAAGUUGGCUUCAGAGUCAUUCAGUAUUUUCAGGGACCCCUGAAAAUUAUAGGGAUCUAGAGCAAAAUAUUGUAAGCCCCUUUGCAGUGUUAAUUAAAUGAAUAACUAAACAGAGGAGCUACAGUUCGUGACAAAAUGUUGGAUAGCCCUCAAGGAAAUAGCUGAUCCCAAAAGGCACAUUAAGAAGUUGUAGAGAAACAGCAUCAUGAUGAUAAAAACAAUUUCAGACAGAGGUAUGAUUUUGCAGCAGCCUUUUGAAUUACCUGGGAAACAGAGAGACUUUGUUAGGUAGAUCAAGUAAGUGUAAGCUGGUUAAAGUUUUGUUACUUCAGUUCAUUCACACUCCAACUUAUGCUCCUUUUACCACUGCUUUCUCAUGACAGUGAAAAGGCAUGCACUGCAUCACACAGUGCCUGCCCUGUAGUCCUUCGAAGAACGAUGCUGGGAGAUGAAGUGAGGAUAUGCAGAUGCAGCAACCAUCAGAUUCCAUAUGUUACAGACCUGGAAUAUGAUCACAUUAUUAACAACCAGAUGUCUUCCUCAGAGCAGAUCACUGUGAUCUGUGUGACAACUUCAUUGAGAGCGGCAGAUUACGACCCCAGAACAGAUAAGCACCUAGAACAGCUCUAUGAGAGAAAGAACAAGAACAGGAGUAUGCCAUGUACACAGGUAGGGCUCUCGGGUGUUGUCUCAAUCACAUCAGUGACCUGGUUCACCUGUUAACACUCAGCCAAGCUAUGGCUAAGCAUGAACACACAAAAAUUGCAGGUGCCUCAUUGUCCUGCUGGCAUGCUAGCCAGAGCUAAACCGUGGGUGGCUUAGUGUUACGUCCAAACCUAGGUUUAUGGUUUGUCUUGCUCCAAACAAACCAUGAGCUGUAACCAACGUUUGUUCUUGGUUUGUUCCCCAGACAAACCAUGAGCCCAAGUUUGGAUGUAAAGCUAAGUGAAACCAUGGUUUAGAUCCCGGUAGCAUGGCAUUAGCAGGAAAUGGGGAGGGAUAUUUUCCUGUGAGUACCCACAUGCUUGCUUGUUCACACUUAGCCAUGGUAUAACUUAGUGUUGCAUUUGAAAUGGGCUGAUGACUGAUGUAAAAGCAAGAAGAUUUUGAAUAACAUCUUGGUGUGAAAAAAUUGCUUCAUUUUAUAUUUUUGACUUCUUACAAGUACAGAGAAAUUGGGUUGUUGACAUAGGAGAUUAAUGCCACAAAACAUCCUUUUAUAUCAUUUGUGGAUUGGGGUAUAAGUCUAGGGUUGUCAUAUGACCUCUUUUCCAGAACACGUCCUCUUUUUCAUGGGUAUGUGAAAUGAGUCGUUAUAGCGAUCCAUAGUUAAAAGUAGAAGUUGGCAAAUGUGUCCUCUUUUUUUGCUCUUCAAAAUAUGACAGCCCUAAGAUGGGUGAGCUUUUUCUGAGCAUGAAUGCUGUUGCUGUUUCCCUAUACACACUAGAUCUAAAUUAACAGUAGUGCCCCCCUUUUUUUGGUAAGGUGGGAGUACAUCAGAGGGACAUUCUGACAAUUAGGCAUGUCCAUCACUAAGUUAAAUGUACUUGGGCCACUUGCCACUGUGAGCAGUAAAUAGCUGAAUAAUUCAGUUCCUUUAAUGCUGACUUGUUCAAUGGGAACAUUGUGCUCUGACAUCUGGUAGAAUAAGAUUUAUUAUUGCUAUUGUUGACCUAGUCUUAUAAUGAUGCUGUCUUUGUUUUUGUAGGGUCGUCUGGACUCUUUUCGCCUGCUCAAAUACGAUAUUGGGUCUGCAGAUGAGUUUACAGGCCACUGUGGAUCACUACUGGUGAAAAGGCAUAAUAUUGCUCCUGGCAUGUUUUUGGUAGGUUAUAACCUUCCUGUCACACAUCCAGGUCAUUUCAACUCAUACCAAGCAAAUGGCUUCCAGAUCCUAUGGCUGGAGUCUACUUCUUGUGUUCUUCGUUCAAGACAGCCCAUUCCCCAUUUCAUAGCAAAUGGCGAUGCUGACAUCUUCCUCUUGUCCAUUGGAAUCAGUGCCAUCACAAUAAUUGGAACAUAAGGAUGAUUGGUUUCGUUCUACAGAAUAGUGAAAGAUAUGGCACUGACUGGAAAAAGACAUAAAAUUCCAGUUUCUCCCACAAAGGGGUCUAGUAAGAACAACUGCUCAAGUUUCUGAUCUGAGAACUAAGGAAAAUAUCUCUAUUCUCUCACUGUUUUAGAUAGAUGUGUAAAGGGGGAGAGAUGGAAGCACAAUAGUGAAUCGGCCUAUAAUUUGUUCUCAGCAAAUGAUAUGAACUCUAGAAAGGUGACUCCUCCACCUUAUUUUCUGAAUGUGGAGCCUAACAGAAGCAAGAACGAAAUGGCUGGCAUGAUCCCUUCCCAAUGCAAGGGGGAUGUUUGAAAUAGUCUGUUACAAUGAAUGCAGGACAAAUACUUCCCAGGACUGAGAGUAAUGUUUAUUCUUACUGGGGCAACUGGACCUCUUCUCCAUGACUCUCCCUGGUUACUAAUGAGCACUUAUUCCAUUGGGCAUUGUAUGCCUGUAUCCAGUAAGUAGUGUAAACCUGCUCUUCCAGAAGCAAAUAAAUAAAUAAAUGAGUGCAUUGGACUCACCUGAAGGGUAUUUUUACAUGCUAGCAUCUUGGAUUCCUGUCCAAGAAGAAAGCAAGCAAAAUCUCUCUCUGUAGUCACCUCUAAGCAACUGUAACUUCUAAGUUUGUCCAGCAGAGGGCCCCUGUCCACCUACAUCUAGAUUUAUUAAUCUAUAAAAUGAGAUUUCCCUUCCAUUUUACUCUGUUGCAGCUACUUCCUAUUUGCGAAUUACUUCAGUUUCUGAACCACUACAGUUGACUCCUCCUCAGUUUCAACCCAGUGAGGAGGAAGGUCUCAUAAAAUAUAUGGUUUCCCUGGGUUAUCAUGAAUGUUUGUGCAAACGGGGGAGCACGAGUUAAAAAAAAGAAAAAUUACGUGAAAACAAUUGUCACAAGCUGCAGAGCCGAAGCUAAAUUUAUAGAAUCCUAGCCUAUCUGCUGAAGCUUGUUCCCAAGUAAGCAUGCAGAUAAUUGUGUAUAAUGAAUAUAGCUUAGUCUUUACAAAUACCAAGGUUAGCAAGUGUUAUAUUUUAUAAUAAUCUUUGAUGGUUGUGAAUAAAUUGUGUCAUGAAAGAGCAGAUAUAUAGUGUUAUCCGUCUUCUGGUUUGUGCACAGUCUCUUCAAGUUUGGCUUACCUGAAUCAAUUACCUUAACUGACGAAAGGCCUGUAAGAAUGACCUUUUGCACUUGAUUGCUUUUUCCCAACCAACUGUCAAAGUAGGCCAAUUGUUUCCCUUGGUGUUAGUUGAGAAUAUAGGAAGCUGCCUUUUACAGAGUCAGACCACUGAUGCACCAGGCUCAGUAUUCUGCCAGGAGCUCUCCAGGCUUCCAGACAGGGGUCUGUCCCAACCGAACUGAAGAUACCAGGGACUGGCCCUUGGGCUUUUUGCCUGCAAAAUAUGCACUCUGCCCAUUGAGCUAUGACCCUUCUUCUAGAAUGCUUGGCUGCCUCUUUUUAUGCAGGUAAGGAAACAUUCUCCCCAAACUGUGCUACAUUAGGAUAAAAGAAAUCCUUGAAACUAUCCCAUAGAAGUGAUCAACCCAAACAUUAUUCAAGGUACCUGUUUCAGUUUCCUCAACUUUUACAUUUCGAUUAAAACACUCUCUAGAGGGCAACAUCAAAAGUUUUCAGGACUCCUUUGUUUGAGAGGGUUUCCAUAAAUGCAGACCUGAAUCUGCCCAGGCUGCCCCACAACUGACAAUCCUGUGCAUAUCUACUCAGAAGCAAGCCCCAGCACCUGUACUCAGACAAAUGGGUUACAAACCUGAAGCAGGUGGUGUCUCUUUCUGCAAGCUGGCUGAGAAACCUGCCUAGCCUGGAGCAUGAAACAUACAAUUGGCUAAAAACAGCAAAUCUUAAUGAGCUGGAUUACUGGCCUGCCACUAAACAAAAUGAACUACCCCAGGAGCAAGAUGGCAAACGCCUAGCUGAAAACAGUUGAUCUAAAAAGGUUAACGAUGUCUUGCUGGUGACAAACUAAACAUUAGUUCAUACUACAAUACAGAAGAAUGCCAGUGGUGGAGGCACCCUAGCCAAGGUUUAGAAGGUGCUGGGUCUCUCCAGUGCUGGGGAAAGCUGUGAUAUUGUACUUAGUUCUGGGCAGUCAGUUCAGCAGGUGAACAGGAUGACUCAUGAUGGUGUGAUAUGGCCUGCUAAUGAAUUUAAAAUUGGUAAUGUGGCUCCAGACAAAACCGCGUCCCAUUCUCCUGUAUGUCUCCUCAAAGGCAGCUUUUGCAUUCUACUCACAGGCUGAUGUUUUAUGUAUUUUUGACAGAUGUACAUUCGAGGAAAGCUGCUCUUUGCCAACUACAUUUUCAAUGGAUACAGCAAAUCAGUGAAAGAUCUUCAAAAGCAGAUUGCCCUGACAAGGAACAAUUACAACAGGGGCUACUACUUACCCCCUGAUUAUAGACUGAGGUAUUUUAUUCUGUGUAGACAUACCUGUGAUACAUAGCUUUAAAUGUGGUUUGUUGUAUCCCAUCAUAAUAGAUAAUUUGGUAGAUCAUAUUAUGACACUUUCACAGAGUGGUGGAAGUUUGAAGUUGUUUCGGUUUCUUUCUGAUGUUAGGAUUCAAAGUUUUAAUUAAUAGGUUAAAAAUCCACAGUAGUUGUUUAAUUGGUGUGUGUGUGUGGAGCUAAAAUACAGCACACCAAUUAAAUUUUAAAAGGGCACAAGGUUUUAAAGGCUACUUUAGUUUUAAUGUGCUAUGUAAUAUUCUUGAGAUCUUCCAUGUGCUGUCAGGUGAGAUGCUCCUAGUCAGGCAAGCUAACCCCCAAAAUCAUUGCCAAACAAAUGGGUAAAACUUAGCCCUGCAUCUUAGCCCUGUAUUGAUUCAACUUUUUCUUAAACGACCUUGCACCCUGCUUACACGGUGUGGAUGGCCAUUGCCCGAAGCUCAGCUCCAUCCAUGUUCCCAUCUAACCUUGUCUGUGGGGCUAAACCAGCAAAUUAUUUGAAGAAUUGUUGUGACAAAGCAACACAGCAGAGAGAGUGGAUGAGGAGGGCAGUAUAGCUUUUAAUGAGAGAAAGGAGAAAUUCAGAAAGUUAUAUAAAAGUACAGUUUAUAUAAGUCAAGCAUCAGAAGAAUUAAUAGAGAAGUUCAGAAACAGGAAAUAAUGUUUUAUUACAUAAAGUACUUAUUCAAAAGUUACAAUCUCCUAUGUACAUUCUUGUUAGUUUAGGAAACAGGUACGAUUCCUUACACAGGAAAGAAUGACAAUCCAGCUGGUAGUGUUGCUCUUUCUCAUGAAAUACUUGCAUUUGUCUGUAUACACUUUGAUAGAGUAUCAAACAAAUAUUCAAAACAAAGGCAGCAGAAAUCUGGAAAGGGCUUCUUUAGCAAACAAGCUUAUCAGCAUCAAAUUAAGCUAAUAUAAAUGAUUAGAACUUGAAAAAACAGACCUUUAGUUCUAGGAAACUUACAUCACAUAAUUAAGCACCUGUCAAUCUCAGCACAAUAUAAAUUCACUUCCUGAAAACAGUUCGCCUCAGUUGCAGCAUCUCUUUUCUGCUUUCUGGCUGAAAAACCAAGUUCCCUCUCUGUAUAAAUGAAUUCCAUUCCAAAGCAGCAGCAGCAGCAGUGAGGUAGAGAUGGGACAUCUCAUAUAUUGAUGAGAAAUCUCUCAGCUGAAUGUACAGGCUUAACCUUAAGGUAAAGUCGCAGAGGGAAUUGACUUUCCCAUUGUGAUCACAGGCUGCCACAGUGGCAAGAACAGAGUCUGAGACUAUGUACAGACAACUUUUCAGAAACUUGAUGGCAUUUUAAAGCCGCCAUUAAUCUGCAGAAGUGUACAUAGCCUGCAAUACAGAGCUUAGGAGAAAAGCUACCAACUUGGCCUCUCCGCCACACUAACCUGUGGCCCUCCAAAUGUUGUUGGACUACAACUCCCAUUAUCGCCAGUGGUCAGCAAUAUCUGGGGCCACACUUCAACUAUCCCUGUUUUAAAGGCAUGCAAAGGGUGACUGGGAUUUAUCCAGAAUGAAGCCUUCCUUUAUAGGCCUUUUUGUGUCCAGUAUUCUCUUUCAGCCUCCUCAAGUGCUUCCUGCUUCCCUCUACUGAUUAAUCUCAUAUGGUCUCUGGCUAGCAACUUUUUCAUUUGGUGUGACAAGAAGCUCUCUCUGCAGAGGUUGUGUUGGACUGCUGCAGAGUCAUUAAGAUCUUAUCUGAAUCAUUAAGAGUUUCCCACAGAGCUACUGCAUGAGGAAAAAUAAUACAUAGUGUGCCUUACUUCAGUCAGCAGGUAUAAAGACAGGACCGACCCACAUUCAUUAGUGAAGUGCCUGAACAGUGAGCCAGCACUGUGCAUUGCAUAACUAGCUGUUGCCAAUAUCAUUUAGCAAGAAAUUCAUCUUCAGUAGAAAGUCAAGUUAUAAACAACCAUUUAUAUAAAUAGACAAAAACUGCAGUGCUGAUGAAGCAGAUAUUUGCCCCUCUCACCUUCUAUUUUACUGCAAACGGAAGAACUAUGUAUUUGCACGAUGAAGAGUAGGGUUUUUUUAAAACACAAUGAGUUUUGAAUUCUAGAGAAGGAACAAAUCUAAGUAUGAACCAUGAUAUGUCAAGUAAUGGUUGUUUAAGAGGAGUAAAAGACACCAAAGAUACGGAACAACAUUCAAGAGAAAGUGAAAGCCUUUGGACUGCUUAUCUUAAAAUACCCUUUCUGGGCUUCACAGCCACACUGAAUAUUGCAAAUGAUUCAGUGAAAGUGUGAAUAUAAUUCAACUAAUUUGGUAUCAGAAACAAAGGGCGAGAUUCACCUACUACAUCCUCUCCCCCUGCACCCCCCCCAUAACUGGCUCUGUGGUGAGGUGGGAGUACCCUCAAAAUAGCACAUGGGGAGGGGAGGAGCUAUUGUUCCAUCUGGAAAACUGCAGCGCUUGCACAGAUGGAAUAUUUGUAAUAGGAUGCUUAAUUUCACUCAAUGUUCUAAUACUUAUUUUGGUUAUAAUAAACUUUAAAGCAAAAUGUAAGCACUUAUAAAGUGGUUUGCACUAGUUUAAAAGUAAAACAAAAUGUCAGCUCCACAUGUGCUUAGCCCCCCAUCCCAGCCCCAAUCUAUAAUUCAAGUAUAAUCACAUGUCAGGAGCCAGAGCCAGGCAAUAAAAACAACAAUGUUAGUGAAGUUAACUCUUUAUUCAAAGAAACCAAAACAGCACCUCUUCCCAGUAGGUCUUGCCCCCAUUGAGGCAGCUGCAAGGACUGAAGGUCCCUGCCUUCCCACCGCUCUCUAAAGCUCCUCCUCUCCAGGAUCUUUCCCAAACAGUUACAAACUGCGUCUGCAUACAACCAAUCUCUGCUCUGCUCUUUUCAUUUCUCUGAGUUUUCCAGGGGGAGGGGGGAGGAGCUGGUCACAGCAGGAUGGGGAGACCCCCUAGGUUCUUCAGCAGCCUGUCUCAACUCUGCCUCUUGGCCAACCUCCUCUCCAGCCUCAGAGUCUGAACUGUUCUCUGCCAAAGCCUCUUCCUGCUCACCCUGUUGUUACCUCUUCUGCUUCUGACACCUCCUCCUCCCAGUCUGCUCCCUCUUCUCCCUCUUACCACUCCUUGUCAUCCCACCACCAGUCCCCUGGCUCUGAUACUUCUUCCCCUGGGGGUUCCCUUGGGAAUUACCUAGCUGGUACCUCCCACCACUCCUCUGCAUCCAGCCAGACCGUGACAUCACACAAGCCUUCUCUUCAGUGCUGUUGUAAAGAUUUCUGAAAUAACUAAGUGCUCAGAGCACUUCACUUACAUUAAGUAUUUCGAACACCUUUUUUAUUUCCAUUAAUUCAAAGUAUGUCUGUCGGCAGACAAGACUAAAAUAUGAGAGAAGCUAAAAUGGUCAGCAAAAUAAAUUAAUGCCCAGGGCCCAAAAGCAAACCUACACACACACACACACACACACACACACAGUCAUCGAAUUCAGGACUGCUGUUAAAAGGGAAACCAGAAAGUACUAGGAAGACCUUAGUGAACUGAGCAACAUGCACAUACGGGAUUGCACUGUUAACUCAGAAAUAAGUCCUACACUCUGGGGGUGACACCUAGGUAAGAGCGUGUAAGAUUUCAGUGUGAAGGAUCUAAAAUGUAUGCUUAAAAAACCUUGAAAGAAUUGUGAGAGUCCUUAAUGAGAAUAGAGAGGGAGACAUGUUACCUGUUAGGAAUCCAAAUUAAAAAAUAGGUGAUCUGAUGUACUCACCUAUGGGUUUAACUUAUACAACUAGGUUUUUUUAUUAUAUGACUAGGUUUUAAGUGAAAAAUGAGUAAGCAAUGGAAACUUUGGACUAAGCUUGUGAUUAAGUCUAGGGGGAAAAAGUAAAGUCCACUGUGUUCUGAUAACCUAAAAUUAUAAAAUACAUAGUAAUCAAAGUAUACUGAUGUGUACCUGAUUUCUCUUAUAACUGCAGUACUUUAAUUUGCUUUUUGUAUUCCAGUUCUCUUGAAAACAGCCUGCAGAGUUACCCUGAACAUACUCAAGCAAGGAGUUCACACAAUAUUUCUAGUUGUAUUUGCUAUGCCACUGACAGGUAUGGAAAAAUAAUUAUUUUGUCUUAAACCUCACAUGCUCUGAUCAGAAAAUUAUCGGUUUCAGUUCAUGUCCACCAUGAGUACCUUGGGGUUUGGAUGUUUUGUCUUUUUGAGGUAACACAAAUCACAGGAAUUAUGGAAGAGUUCAAGCUAAUGAUUUGCAAAGGAAUGUCUUACAUGAGAAUCUUAAAUAAUGGCCAAUAUCUUUUUUUAAGGCUGUUGCUUUGCCCCCACUAGAAAGAAAAUCUUAAGCCAAGGAUAGAGUUCAUAGCAUUUGGGGCCUUCAGGGCCAUUUCUUUAAUUCCAGUGUGCAUACACAUGCCCAUCUGGGUCACAGACAGUGUUUGAACUCUUAAAUAGAUUGUUGUUGAGUAUUUACACAUGUUGCUUGGUACUUUAUUUUGAAAUAUUCCAGGAGAGCAAGUAUACAUGAUUUUGUGCUAUUCAGCUUAUACAAAGGAGCCACCAGCACUCAGGAACAACUCAACAAAUGAAGCCAGAUCCAAACUCAAAUUAUUAUUUUCCCCUGCAAACUCACCAUGAGCUGCAGAGGAUCAUUGUACAGGAGAAGAAGAAAAAGCCCAAGUAUGGACAUGAAGUAGGAGAAGAAGAACCUUGGAAAAAGAUAUGUGAGACGGAUGUUGUUUUUUGCUUUUUUCUAAAAGUCUGAAAUGAAAAAUGGGACUUUUGGGAGGAAACUGAAUAUAUUCCUGUCUUUUGGGGUGAUGAGUGAAAUAUUUUUUUUAAAAAAUAAUUACAUUAAAAUGUUAAUAGUAAAUUCAGGCUGCUGUAACUUUUCUAGUCCCCAGACUAAAAAGAAAUCAUAUUGGUGAUAACAGAAUUGUUACAUUUAUUUGACUCCACUACUGAACAAAGCAAUGCACUUUGGCCCGGAUUCCACUAAAGCGUUGCGCUGGUGGAAGCCAGCAGAAGUCACGCUAGCACAAUACGGCUUCCUCCACUCUCAUCCUGUGUCCCCCAAUAGUUCUGGGCUAUCAGGAGCCUCCCUCUGGAACAGCGCAUUAGGGGGAGGAGAGGGUAGAUUGUUCCAUGAGGCAAGCAGAACUCCUUGUGCUAACAAAGUGACCGUAAUACCGUGAUGUUGAAUUCCUUGCUUUAUAUUUGAUGUUGCAAACAUACUUGUAAAACUUGCAGAACAUAGAGCAUUCUUAGGGUUUUGAUCCAAUCUGGGAAUCUGCCAACCAUAUUGCUGCUACAACAUAAUAGCAAUGCAUACCCUCCAUCAUUUCACAUUGUUCUGUGAAC